UGUUGGUGGGUGCAACAUGUCUCUUUAUAUUUGUAGCCUCAGUUUAAGACUCUCCCCGAGUUUACCAGCCCGUGUUGGUGGGUGCAAGAUGUCUCUUUAUAUUUGUAGCCUCAGUUUAAGACUCUCCCCGAGUUCACCAGCCCGUGUUGGUGGGUGCAAGAUGUCCCUGAAGACAAGUGUCCUCAGAGCAUGAAACGAAGCAGGGAGCCACUGGAGUGGAUCGCCAGCAACAGGAGGAAGACGGGGGAAUCACGGGUGCUGCGUUGUCUGCCCUACUUCUUCAUCAUCGGCCAGUGCAAGUGUGGAACGUCGGAUCUGUUCGGUAGAAUCAAAAGUCACCCUGAUGUAGCUCCACAUGCCAUGAAGGAGACACAGUGGGUUCGUCGGUCACAGCUCAGCGAAUCAUGUACCUCCAUAGAUACGUACCUUUAUUUGCUGCAAACGAGUGCCAGUUACAUACAGAAGAACCACGGAAAGGACACCGUCAGCCCAUAUAUUAUAGGUGAUGCUACCCCCGCCUAUUUCUCAUUCAACGAGUUCUGGGACAUGUUGCCUGGGAACGAGGGAUGCAAAGAGCCGUGCGUGACAAAUCCCGACCUCAUCCACCAUCUGAACCCACGAGCGAGACUUAUACUGUCUCUCAGGAGCCCUACAAACAGGCUGUACUCUUACUAUUUCCACAAGGCCGGCUUUUCAAAGAGGAAAGUGUCAAAACAAGCCUUCCACGACCUCGUUGUAAGAGAGAUCAACGUGUUUAAAGACUGUCUAACGUCACAGUCCCUCCGCGGCUGCUGCUACAACUACACCAACUUCUUCUCUGGGACACACGAGAUUGAUCUGCAGCGAGGUAUUUACCAUGUAUUUUUGUGGGACUGGUUGAACGUGUUUCCCAGAGAGCAGCUCUACGUCCUAAAGUUUGAGGAAUAUUCUAGGAAUGUUUCACACUAUCUUGCAGAACUUUUCAAAUUUCUUGAUUUACGAACAUUAUCGGAAACAGAAUUGACAAACAUCGUUGACCAGAAGGUUGCUUAUCAAAGGCGUUAUGGCCAAGACGUCGGGGACAUGAUGAACGAGACUCGUCAGCUACUUGAUGAAUUUUACAGACCACACAACGAGCAACUGUCCUUAUUGAUGGGACGCACAAACUUUAAUUGGUGAGACGUUUACCCAGUACAUAAACCUCAUGCUGUGAAACUUCAGAUGCAAAUGAAAACCACGAACUGUUAUUGGUCAGAGAUGACGUUGUGUAUCUCCUGUAAAUUGACAUGUGGUGUUUUAGCACCAUUCCUUCAUGUA